AUGCCACUUGACUUUAUGGACUCAAGCAGUGACAACAAUGAUGAUGUUGGUCCUACCAGCGAUAGAAGAAAAAGGAAGACUACUAGUGACAAUGACAACGGCAAGAAAAAUGUUAUUAAUGAUGAAGAUACUUGUCGUCCCCCAUCAAUAGAUGCAUCUGAUUAUGAGAAGGAGAUAGAUGGUGAUGAGAAUGAAGAAAACUUGCAAUUGUCUUUUUCUGAUGAUAGCUGGAAAUCUGAUGAACUGAAGACUCCACUAGACUCUAAAGAUGAAGCAGACCCAGCUACAAAUCCCAUCUUCAAUGAUACUGCUAAGUUUGGACAUGUGAGAUUAGAGCUAAGUAUGGAGUUUACUACUAGGGGUGCUUUUAAGAAAGGGGUUAGAAAUUAUACAUUACAAGAGGGUAGGGGUGUAAGGACCACAAUUACAAGAGCUUUGGGUGAUGAAAGGAAAAUAGUGAGGGGUGAUGAAGCUGCAGAAUAUGCUAAACUCAAAGAUUAUACAGAGGAGCUGUUGAGAUCUAAUCUGGGUUCAACUGUCAAGUUAGGUGUUAGUCCAAUGCCUAACGGAGAAGGUGUCUUCGAAAGGUUUUAUGUGUGUUUGCAUGGAUGCAAGAAAGGUUUUGUGGGUGGCUGUAGACCCUUGAUAGGACUAGAUGGGACUUUUUUGAAGACCUAUUAUGCAGGAUGGCUGCUGUGCGCCAUUGGUCAGGACGUGAACAAUCAUGUGUACCCAAUUGCAUGGGCAAUUGUUCAUAUUGAGAGCAAAGACAACUGGAAGUGGUUCUUGGAGCUCUUGCAUGAAGACAUUGGAGAUCAAACAGAGCAUGGUUGGUGCUUCAUCUCUGACAUGCAGAAGUCUAUAAAGUCGGUGAAUGGGAAGGCAUGGGCAUAUUUAGACAAGUUUUCUAGGCAAGCAUGGACCAGGGCUCACUACAAGGACUUUCCAAAGGUUGACAAUGUCUGCAACAACAUGUGUGAGGUGUUCAACGCUGCCACCAAACCAUACAGAUGCAAGCCUGUCCUGACUUUACUGGAGGAGGUUAGGAGGCUUGCAAAGGAAAGGCAUUACAGCAGGUAUUAUACACCAAUAUGGUCUGGAGAUGCGGCUGAAGUGAUAUUUGAAGUGCAUGGUGAACCACAUAAUGUGGUGGUUGAUUUGGGAAACCAAACAUGUAGCUGUAGGUCUUGGCAGUUAUUGGAAUACCUCCAUUGCUUACCACCUGUAAGGAGCAAACCCCGUGGUAGGCCAUCACCUUAUGCAAGAAAAAAAGAUGCACAUGAGACACCUGUUCGGGGGAGCCAAGAGCGCACAGCAAAAAAAUUGAAGAGAAAAUAUGGAAAAUUCACCUGCGUGACAUGUGGAGAUGUUGGUCACACAACAAGGAGUUGUAGAAUAGCAAAGAAACAAAAGGCUGAUGAGCUAGCAGCUGCUGCAAAGGGUGCUGAAGAUGCUGCAAAUAAGAGUGACUGA